AUGAAUAAAUGUAUAGAAUAUGAAUUGUCUCAUCGUUCAGAAGAAGAUAGUUCUCGUAAAAUUCUUUCAAAAAAUACUUUGACUUUGUUAAAUGUAUGUGCACUUCAUUGGAGAGUUUCUCCGGUAUUUCGUUGGCUACAAUAUCUUGAUGUUAUUAGGUCUCGUUAUGAUGCUGAGGAUCCCCUUAUAUCAUUAGAACACAUCAGAGAAGGGAUUCAUUUGUUGAAAGAAGCUACAAAACUACGAGAUGUUUCAACUUGGACAAUUUCUGAUAAAAAAGAGCUUGUGGAAGUAUACAUCGGAAUUCACAAUUCUUUGCUUGAUUGGUUGAAAGAAGCAUUGGGCAAAGAAGGGUUGAUUAAAAUAAAAACAUCUCUAUUUGAACCAGUUUUCUUCCUGCUGGAUACUAUUUAUGAUAAUGAGCUGUUUCAUGCUGCUUAUCCUGAUACUUCUGCUUUCUAUAAUGAACUACGGGAACGUAUUAGGAAAGUUGCAUUUGAUAUAUAUCAAGAAAAACGAAAUGAAAUUUAUGGUCAAGAAGUUGCAAAUGAAGUUCAAACAUUAAUUAAGAAGCAACCAUAUAAUCAACAGCAACCAUAUAAUCAACAGCAACCAUAUAAUCAACAGCAACCAUAUAAUCAACAGCAACAGCAGCAACUUCAUACAUAUGGCCAUUCUCCAUCAUCUAAUACUCCAUUACAACAUAAUCAAAAUUGUAAUAAUGAUGAGUCGAGUAAUCAAUCUGAAACAUUCAUCUAUAUUCCUUUAACACCUCGGCUUUAUUACAAAUCAUUGAUGAAUAAAUGUAUAGAAUAUGAAUUGUCUCAUCGUUCAGAAGAAGAUAGUUCUCGUAAAAUUCUUUCAAAAAAUACUUUGACUUUGUUAAAUGUAUGUGCACUUCAUUGGAGAGUUUCUCCGGUAUUUCGUUGGCUACAAUAUCUUGAUGUUAUUAGGUCUCGUUAUGAUGCUGAGGAUCCCCUUAUAUCAUUAGAACACAUCAGAGAAGGGAUUCAUUUGUUGAAAGAAGCUACAAAACUACGAGAUGUUUCAACUUGGACAAUUUCUGAUAAAAAAGAGCUUGUGGAAGUAUACAUCGGAAUUCACAAUUCUUUGCUUGAUUGGUUGAAAGAAGCAUUGGGCAAAGAAGGGUUGAUUAAAAUAAAAACAUCUCUAUUUGAACCAGUUUUCUUCCUGCUGGAUACUAUUUAUGAUAAUGAGCUGUUUCAUGCUGCUUAUCCUGAUACUUCUGCUUUCUAUAAUGAACUACGGGAACGUAUUAGGAAAGUUGCAUUUGAUAUAUAUCAAGAAAAACGAAAUGAAAUUUAUGGUCAAGAAGUUGCAAAUGAAGUUCAAACAUUAAUUAUUUUAGCUAGAUGGAUUCAAGCGGAAAUUGAUAAGCUUUCCAAAAAGUAUCCAGAACCAUUGAUGGGUCAGUUGGAAAUUCUCAGCUUGGUGGUCGAACAACAAGCACCACUUUUAACAUUAGAUCUGGAGAAUGCAGGUGCUGAUAUUAUGAAAAAAGUAAGGAUGACACCAGAAGAAGGUAUUCCUGUUGAUGAUAUUAUUGAACUUUAUAGGGAGAUCCUUUCAAUCAAAAUAUUAUAUGAACAUCAUUGUAAUGGGUCUAAAUUUGCCUUUGGAAUUGAAGCAUGGUUUGGACCUUAUAUCAAAAAAUGGCUGGAUGCCACAAACAAUAAGACACCUGAAUGGGUUCAUUCUGCUAUUGAUGUGGAUAAAUCUGCAAAAUUUAUGACUAAUCUAUCCAAGAUUAUUAGUAAAGCAUUAGAACAGUAUUGUUCUGUAAUAGAAGAAAUUUAUCAAAAUGAGAUGGCAGUGAUGAAGGAUCCUGAACAAGAAACUUCAAAGCAAUCUGCUUGGUAUGUCAAUGUGAAAACCGCAAUAGCUACACAAAAAGUUGCACCUUUUGACAUUAAACCUGCGUCUUGUAUUAAAUUAAACAAUAUUGAAGCCGCACGUGAACAAUUAGAUAAAUUAUACGACUCAAUGGGUGUUGACUAUUUAACACAAAUUCUUAAUGAGUCAACUCCUCCAACUCUGGAGCCAGUUGAAGUACCAAAAUAUUUUUAUACUAUCAAAAUUGUUAUGGCUGAAAACUUGGCAGCACUUGACAAUAAUGGAUUAAGUGAUCCUUAUUGUAUAAUUAGUGAUAAAGAUAAUAAUAUUUUAGCGCGAACACGUGUAAUUUAUGAAAGUUUAAAUCCUCGUUGGGAUGAGGCAUUCGAUUUAACUAUUGAUUCAACUGAUCAAAAUUGGCUUACAUUAACAAUCUGGGAUAGCGAUCAAGUUAGUUCGGAUGAUGAAUGUGGAAAAACCUAUUUUAAGCUUGAUCCUCAAGACUAUAGUGAUUACUUAGCUCAUGAUAUAUGGCUUGAUCUGGAUCCUCAAGGUCGUAUUUUUUUGCGUAUUAGCAUGGAAGGCGAAAAGGAUGAUUUGCAGUUUUAUUUUGGAAAAACAUUUAGAACACUAAAACGAGCACAUGAUGAUAUGGCAAGAACUAUUAUGUCUCCAUUUUUGCGACAAUGUUUAUCACGUGAAGUGAUUAAUAGAUUAUUAAGGCCUUCAGCCAGCGCUUUUAAACAUUUUUUUCGUGAAUCAGAUGUACAGACGAAGAAAUCAGAUUUAGAAAUCGAACAAGCAAUACACCCUUUGUUUGAUUAUUUUGAUGUAAAUUUGAAGACACUCUUUCAUUCAUUACAUCCGGCUGUGUUUAAAAUGGUUAUGACAAGAGUUUGGAAGGAAAUAGAAACCAUUCUUGAGGAAAUUCUAAUUCCUCCAUUAUCUGACAAGCCUUCAGAUUUAAAACCACUUAACGACGAAGAAUUAGAAGUUGUCUAUAAAUGGUUAAAGUUUUUGGGGGAUUAUUUACAUGCUAAUGGAAAUGGUGUUUCAAAGGAAGAAGUUUUAUCUGUAUCUGUUGAUGAAACAAAAAUUAUCCCUUAUAUUAAGGACCUAUAUAAAGAUAAACCUGACUUAGUUAUCAGCAUAGCUACAAGGUGCAAUUUGAAUGGUGCUGAAGAUUUAAUUUUACGAAAGUUUACUAAUUUAUAUUCAGCAGGAGAUUACACUGAAGCCGCAAUACUUGCUGCUAAUUCGCCAAAUGGGUUUCUUCGUACACAAAGAACAAUUGAUCUUCUAAAAGUUAUUGUUAAUGUUCCUCCUGGCGAUGUAUUACCAUUUGAACAAUAUUUUACUAUUUUGUUAGAGAAAGGCAAUCUCAAUAAACAAGAAUCACUAGAGUUGGCACGACCUGUUAUGACUCAAAACAAAAAAGAAUUAUUAGAGAAAUGGUUGAGAGAGGAUAAGAUUCAUUGUAGUGAAGAACUUGGUGAUUAUGUGAGACCAUUUGAUUUAACAUUGGCACUAUCUAUUUAUCUUCGUGCCAACGCUCCUAUUAAGGUCAUUGAAUGCUUUAUUGAGAAAGGCGAAUUUUCAAAAAUAACUGUUUACGCAAAAAAAGUUGGAUUCCAGCCAGAUUAUUCUUCCCUUUUACAAAAAGUCAUGAGAAGUAAUCCUGACAAAGGUGCAGAACUUGCUACCGCAUUGGCAAAUGAUGAAGGUGGACCUUUGGUUGAUAUUGAAAAAAUUGUUGAUGUAUUUAUGUCACAAAAUAUGAUUCAACAAGCAACAUCAUUUCUUCUUGACGCUUUAAAAGACAAUAAACCAGAACAUGGGCAUCUUCAAACACGUUUACUUGAAAUGAAUUUAUUGCAUGCUCCUCAAGUGGCAGAUGCUAUUCUUGGCAAUAAUAUGUUUACUCAUUAUGACAAACCUACAAUUGCGCAAUUAUGUGAAAAAUCUGGAUUACUUCAAAAGGCCUUAGAACAUUAUGAUGAUAUCAAUGAUAUUAAACGUAUAAUUAUACAUGCUCAUACUUUACCCUCUGAUUUUGUUGUCAGUUAUUUUGGAAAUCUUUCAGUUGAAAAUUCACUUGAAUGUUUAAAAGAAAUGCUCAAAGCCAAUAUUAGACAGAACUUACAAGUAGUAAUACAAAUUGCUACAAAAUAUUCAGAACAAUUACAACCGUUAAAUUUGAUUCAAUUGUUUGAGUCUUUUAAAACUCACGAAGGCCUUUAUUAUUAUCUUGGUUCAAUUGUUAACCUUAGUACUGAUCCUGACGUACAUUUCAAAUAUAUUCAGGCAGCUGUUAAAACAGGACAGGUUAAAGAAGUUGAAAGAAUAUGUCGUGAAAGUCAAUAUUAUGACCCUGAAAAAGUCAAAAACUUUUUAAAAGAAGCUAAACUUCAAGAUCAACUUCCAUUGAUUAUUGUCUGUGAUCGAUUUGACUAUGUACAUGAUUUAGUUUUAUAUUUAUAUCAACAAAAUUUAACAAAAUACAUUGAAGUGUAUGUUCAGAAAGUUAAUUCAGCACGUACUCCAGCCGUUAUUGGUGGUUUGUUGGAUGUUGAUUGUGAUGAAAAUAUCAUUAAAAAUUUAUUGCUAUCAGUAACUGGAACCGUUCCUAUUGAUCAACUCGUUCAAGAAGUUGAAAAAAGAAAUCGUCUUAAAUUGUUGUUACCAUGGUUGGAAUUACGUGUCCAAGAAGGAAGUCAAGACCCUGAACUUUAUAAUGCUGUGGCUAAAAUUCGUAUUGAUAGCAACACUGACCCAGAAAGUUUCCUUAGAGACAAUCCAUAUUAUGAUUCGAUGGUUGUUGGAAAAUAUUGUGAAAAACGUGAUCCCCAUCUUGCUUUUAUUGCUUAUCAACGCGGACAAUGUGAUUUGGAACUUGUUAAGAUAACCAAUGAUAAUACUAUGUUUAAACAUCAAGCUCGUUAUUUGGUAAAGCGUCGCGAUCCUCAGCUUUGGGCACAUGUAUUAAAUAGUAAUAAUAUGCAUCGUAGGACUUUAAUUGAACAGGUCAAUGCUGUAGCUUUACCAGAAACUACCGAUCCAGAAGAUGUUUCUGUCACAGUGAAAGCUUUUAUGGCAGCAGAUUUACCAUUGGAGCUUAUUGGAUUAUUAGAAAAACUUAUUUUUGAAAAUACUGCAUUUAGUGAUCAAAAAACUCUUCAAAAUUUACUCAUUCUUACAGCUAUUAGGGCCGAUAAAGCUAAAGUGAUGGAUUUUGUUAAUAAACUCAACAACUUUGAUGCGCCCGAAGUUGCAGAUAUUGCUAUAAAAACUAAUUUAUAUGAAGAAGCAUUCGCCAUCUACAAAAAACAUAAUGAUCACGCAAAUGCUAUAAGUGUGUUGGUUGAACAUAUUGCUAGUCUUGACCGCGCAGCUGAAUUUGCAGAAAAAUGUGACACUCCCGAAGUUUGGAGUAGAUUGGCUAAAGCACAAAUUACUGGAUUAAGAAUUAAAGAUUCAAUUGACUCUUAUAUUCGUGCUGACGACCCUAGUAAUUUUUCAGAAGUUAUCAGUAUAGCAUCACGUGCUGAAAAACAUGAAGAUCUUGUAAGAUAUUUGCAAAUGUGCCGUAAGAAAUUACGUGAACCUACAGUUGAUAAUGAACUUCUUUUUGCAUAUGCGAAAACUGAAAAAUUCCAUGAUCUCGAGGAAUUUUUGAACACACCAAAUGUUGCACAAAUUCAAAUUGUUGGUGAACGUUGCUAUGAAGAUGGUCUCUAUGAAUCAGCCAAAAUCCUAUUCCAAAGCAUUUCAAAUUGGGCAAGAUUAGCAUCUACACUUGUUCAUUUGGGUGAAUAUCAAGCAGCUGUAGACGGUGCUAGAAAAGCCAGUAAUACAAAGGUUUGGAAAGAUGUACAUGGUGCUUGUGUUCAACAUAAAGAAUUCCGUUUGGCACAUAUUUGUGGUCUUAAUCUCGUUGUCCAUGCAGAAGAAUUACAAAGUGUGACUAGAUUAUAUGAGAAUAAUGGCUAUAUAGAUGAAUUAUUAUCACUUUUAGAAGCAGGAUCUGGUCUUGAAAGAGCACACAUGGGAAUGUUUACUGAAUUGGGCAUUUUGUAUACUAAAUAUCGGCCUGAGAAAACAUAUGAGCAUUUACGAAUCUUCUGGUCACGACUUAAUAUUCCUAAAGUAAUUAGAGCUUGUGAUGAAGCUCAUCUAUGGAGUGAAUUGGUUUUCUUAUAUGAACAUUAUGAUGAAUUUGAUAAUGCUUCUCUUGCAAUGAUUCAACAUGCAGCUGAUGCUUGGGAACAUUCACGCUUCAAAGACAUAAUUGUUAAAGUUAGCAAUAUUGAAAUUUACUAUAAGGCUUUGAAAUUCUAUCUUGAUGAGCAUCCUCUUUUACUUAAUGAUCUUCUUAGUGCAUUAACUCCAAGAAUUGAUCAUACAAGAGUUGUCCAAAUGUUCCAAAAAUCAGACAACAUUCCAUUGAUAAGAUCAUACUUAAUAUCAGUACAAGAAGCAAACAAUGAAUCGGUUAAUGAUGCAUAUAAUGAUAUAUUGAUUGAAGAGGAAGAUUAUAAUGCACUGAGAGAUUCAAUUGAUAGUUUUGACAAUUUUGAUAAUAUCAAAUUAGCACAACGACUUGAAAAACAUAGUCUUCUUGAAUUCCGUAGAAUUGCAGCACAUCUCUACAAAAAGAAUAAACGUUGGUCACAAUCAAUUGCGUUGUCUAAAGAGGAUAGACUUUUCAAAGAUGCGAUUGAAACAGCCAGUGAAUCACGUUCAAUUGAAGUAGCAGAAGAACUUUUAGAAUACUUUGUGCAAAUAGGAAACAAAGAAUGUUUCACUUCUUGUUUAUUUGUUUGUUAUGAUUUUGUUAGACCAGAUAUUGUAUUGGAGUUAGCAUGGAGACAUGGUCUUAAUGACUUUGCUAUGCCAUAUUUGAUCCAAGUUUUACGCGAAUUCUCUCUUAAGGUUGAUUCAUUAGAAAAGGCAAAUGCUGAAAGAUCAGCAAAAGAACAAGAGCGUGAAAAAUCGGAAAAUGAAACACCAAUUAUAGGUUUGGGAAAUCAACGUUUACUUACUCAAUGGACAUAA